AUUUGCUCCUCUGCCGACUCGCCUGGUGCGCGACACGGUCAGCCUGCGACUGCGCGUGCUUGCGUGCUCGCUCGCAGUGUACUCCGCCCGACAACCCGCGUCGUCUCGUAAGCAAUUGUCGCUGUGCUGACCGAUUUGCACCGGGAGACCAUAUUGCCUGAGGGCAGCCUGUUGCUGGGGCGGUGUCGUUGGGGGCAUGCCCAUUACCUACCACUCUGAGUUGCGCAGGCCUUACUACGCAGGACAUCGCAGCAGCUACCUCGACAUCAUCCCCGAGGACGAGCUGGAAGCCUACGACCGGCUGGACGAUAUCACGACUCCGAAGAGGACGACGCACCGAGCCGCCGCGUUCGAUAUGACGCAGGAAACAGAUGAAACGGCGGCCGCAAAGAUGGCGGACCUCAAACCUCCCGCCGAAGAUGCUGCAGGGCGGUCAAGCAGCGACUCACUUCGCCCACAGGCUGAAGACUAUCUGACCGCUGGAGGCGGCUCGCCAAGCGGAGCCAGUACGCCUGGCACGCCAGGGCUGUCGCGAACGAGCAGUUCAGAGGCUGAUUAUGGUGGCUUCGACUUUGACCCCGAAUACCCCAGUGUGGACCGCCUGAGCAUGUUCGACAUUCUGGAGAACUUGGCAUUACCGCAACGCCUCGAGCGCAUGCAGAACGUCAUCCACGACAACGCUGAGAAGUUGCGUAGACAGAGGCAGAAGCUGACCCGCCGCGCCCUAUCCAGCAAGAAUGUCGUCGUGGACGAAUGGCGCAAGAGGGUGCCUGUUCCAGAGGAACAAUUGGACAAAUAUCGGAGACGUAUGAAAGCGUCGGUCGAACGUCUCAACAAAAGAUGGCACGACAACAAGACGGUAUCCCUGCUGGAGAAGAUAUCCUUCGUCACUGCGGUGCUGAAUAUCUUCAUAUCGGGCUACCUCAUAGGUGCUUUACCCGAGUACUUCCACUACUGGUACACUGCCCAGUUGGUCUACUUCAUGCCCAUACGAUGGUACAAGUACCACAAGAUUGGCUUCCACUACUUCCUUGCCGAUCUUUGCUACUUUGUCAAUAUGCUCUUGAUCCUGUCCAUCUGGUUCUUCCCGCAGUCAAAGCGCCUUCUGAUCAGCACUUUUUGUCUGGCAUUUGGCAAUAAUGCAGUUGCGAUCGCCAUGUGGAGGAAUAGUCUGGUCUUUCACAGCCUGGACAAAGUAACCUCGUUGUUCAUCCACAUCAUGCCUUGUGCAACGCUUCACGUUCUUGUCCACUGCAUACCUCAAGAACUGCAGCUGCAGAGAUUCCCGGCCAUUCACACAAUCAAGUAUUCGACUUCAGAUGCACCGGAACACUACACCCUCAAGGAUAUGAUUAUCUGGGCGACUCUGCCUUACGCAAUCUGGCAAUUGUCCUACCAUUUUCUCAUCACCGUACGAAAACGAGCAAAGAUCGCCGCAGGUCGUCCUACGUCGUUCACUUGGCUCCGCAAAUCUUACAAAGGCAACUUUCUCGGAAAGUUCGUCCUUUCUUUCCCCGAGUCCCUUCAGGAGACAGUCUUCAUGUUCAUACAGUAUAGCUAUGCACUUCUGACUAUGCUGCCAUGUCCCUUUUGGUUCUGGUAUCGAUGGGCAAGCGCUAGCUUCAUGAUGCUGGUCUUCAGCUGGGCAAGCUGGAACGGAGCUAAUUUCUACAUUGAGGUCUUUGGAAAGAGGAUGGAGAAGGAACUGGACCAGCUGAGGAAAGAAGUCGCGCGAAUGUCCAAAUCGCCCGAUAUCACGGGACAGGAUGGGCUUGCCUUCAGCCCAAUGGCUAGCCCUGCUGGCCCCACGGGCAGCAAUCAGAUGGGCGGAGGAGUGGGCUCAUCGAGCGCGCUCGACCUGGGUCCACCAGCCGAUGCACAAGGGUACAACAGUCCGGGCACAGAAAUUGAUGAUGGACUUCAUCAGAGGAACAAGAGCAUCGACGCGAUACCGCUGCUCGAUGGUAACAAGAGCGCAGAUGGACAACCUGGCAAGAAGAACAUAUAAAGAUCUGGAAUGGAGAAUAUAGGCUGUUGUUGGCGUUGCGGCGAUCCUGCGAUAUACCCCCAGACUUUAUUAGAGCCUACAUGGAGCUUCGGCAGUAUAAGCGAUAUCGAUUACCAGUAUUAAGUUGCUGAACUACGGAAGGAUCAUAGCCCGCCCCACAUGCC